CACACACACACACACACACCGAGAGCUAUGAUGAAGAAGUAUAUUGGAAACGUACACUGGAAGUCAAAAUGUCCAACAAAGGAGGACACGAUCUUCAUCUGAAGAACUAAAAAGGCGAAUGAUUAUUUGGAAAUACUGUGGGCUCUUUCUUUGACUGGUUUACACUCGAUUCCCUUCACCAUAGAUGAUUUGAACUCAAUAGCGUGAAGAAAUCACCGGGACAAAUCAUAACAGGUCCUUUGUUUAGUCUGUGGGGUUUUACACGCGUAAUGCUGAGAUUUCCAGUUAUGCCAUGACGCAUCAGACGCGUGCGUAAAAGUGCCAUUCGCGGCUGUACGUGGACAGAUAUCAAGAGCUCUGGUUACUUUAUUAUUUACACAUCUCACAUUUAUCAACUUUGAGAAAUUUUGAUGGUGUGACGAGCCGUUCUCACUGUGAUAUCGAUCCGAAUUGUGUUGAAAUCAUUGACGGAGUGACCGAAGAAUCAACCGCAGGAACAUAGUCCAGACGUUUACAGGAUUUAUUGCGUUUGCGUUUAAUUCGGAUCGAACCGGAUCUCCUUGAAGAGUGGAUUUAACACUUUUAAGUCUCACUUUUUUUGGGAGAAAAGAAAGCGGAUACGAACUUGGCCGCAAUCAUCUCCAUCAGCCCUGCUCUCGUAUCAUCAACCCUGUUCUGUUUAUUAACACGGAAGAUGAAAAGCUUGAUAUUUGAAGUGCUUUGUUUUGUGUCCAUCCUCAUCUCCAUCCGCUGCACACCGGCACCGGACACCGAAACCCCGAGCAGCAGCCCGAGCUGCGCGUCCUGUGGGCUCAGCCAGACGGAUGGAGGCACUCUGGUGGAUGUGGAUUUGUUGGAGGCGGUGAAGAGACACAUUCUGAGCCGGUUACAGAUGCGGGACAGACCCAACAUCACCCACCCCAUCCCGAAGGCGGCGAUGGUGACCGCGCUCAAGAAGCUCCACGCCGGGAAGGUGCGUGAGGACGGGAGGGUGGAGAUCCCAAACCUGGAUGGACACGCCGCGUCCGUGAACGAGGUGGAGGAGGAGACUUCGGAGAUCAUCAGCUUCGCCGAGACAGACGAAUCGCUGACCUCCAAAACCAGCCUGUUUUUCGUGAUCUCCAACGAGGGCAACCAGAACCUGUAUGUGUCCCAAGCCAGCCUGUGGUUGUACUUCAAGCUUCUGCCUAACGUUUUGGAGAAAGGCUCGAGGAGGAAGGUCACGGUGAAGGUUUACUCGCAGGAACCAGGACUCGGGAGCAAGUGGAACUUGGUGGAGAAGCGCGUGGAUCUCAAACGCAGCGGAUGGCACACUUUUCCAUUGACGGACGCCGUGCAAAUGGUUUUUGCCAAAGGCAAUCGCCGGCAGAACCUGGAUGUACGGUGUGAAGUGUGCGAUAAGAUGGGCGUCAUGCCUGUUUUGGUGAACACGGCCGACGAAUCCCACCAUCCAUUCCUUGUGGUCCAAGCACGAGCGUCUGACAACAAACACCGCAUCCGCAAACGAGGCCUUGAAUGUGACGGCAGCAGCAGCUUGUGUUGCCGCCAACAGUUUUACAUCGAUUUCCGUCUCAUCGGCUGGAACGAUUGGAUCAUCGCCCCGUCAGGGUACUUUGGGAAUUAUUGCGAAGGGAAUUGUCCGGCGUACAUGGCCGGGGUUCCCGGAUCGGCUUCGUCUUUCCACACGGCCGUCGUGAACCAAUACCGCAUGCGAGGAAUGAGUCCAGGAUCCAUGAACUCCUGCUGCAUCCCAACCAAACUCAGCACCAUGUCCAUGCUGUACUUCGACGACGAAUACAACAUCGUGAAACGGGACGUGCCUAACAUGAUUGUCGAGGAGUGCGGCUGCGCUUGAGACUUCCAAAAUAUCAUACACUGACCAUCUUCUCAAAGCAACGCCAGCACUUCCCACAUUGAGUCCAUUGAGUGACAACCAAUCCAUUUAAGAGCAUCCAUCUUCAACGAUCAUCUGCAAAGAGCUACAACAAUCUUUGGGUUUCUCGACAGACAUGAGAUCCAUUCAUAAAUCAUGAGGUGUGUUUUCUUAUGUCUCGGUUGUUAUUAUUCAUGCAACAAGCCGAAGACAUGCUUCUGAAACACAAGUGAAUCCACUGAUCUCAUAAAUUGCCAAACUCUUCAGUUACAUCAUGGUGCAGCAUAGCACUUGCAAAUAAUAUCGAAAAUGCACAAUAUAAAGCACUUGCAGACUUAAAAAUGCCUUCGAAGGUACCAAGUGGUGCACCUCUUUCACGAUUCCUCUGAAAUAAGUGCCACACAAGCUAUGCAAUGUAUAGUAGUGACCUACACCGGAUGACCCACUUGUUAUGAACCAUUUUCAAUACUUGAAAUGUAAACUUUCGCUUCCUACUCUGAGAGGAUGGUUGUUACAGUGUUUGCACUGAAGUUGCAUUAUUAGUAAAGAAAAAGCCUGCCAUUGAAAAAAAAAGAAAAGUUAUUUUUAUAGAAGCUGAAACUGAAUUCUGUUCAAAUGUAUUAUACCGAAUUAUGGAACCAAAGAGGCCAAGAUUUUAGCUAUUGUGAUUCUUUUGUAAAAAUACUUUUUAAAUGCGCAAGAGGCCUAAACAAUGUAUCAGGGUACAACAGAAUGGAUUCCAUUUUCAAGUUGUUGUUUUGUACAGUAGAUAAAUGGAAUAUUUCAUAUUUUUCCAUCAACUUUAAUUGUUUUUUGUUUUUUUCAGUUUUCUAUUUAAUACUUCUGAAGCAUCUAUUCCGGAAUCAUUUAGAGUCAAAUA